CCUUGCCCACAGAGCAUUCGCAAACGAUUGGCAUCACCGACAUGUUCAAGAAGGUAACUCUGUUGUGCUUGGCAGCUCUGGCUGUGGCUAGGCCGGAUAAGCCAGCUCCUUCUGCUGGGUAUGGGUACUCUGCCCCUACACAGCCCCCUCCUCCCCCAGUCUACAGUCCCCCUCAACCAACAUACUCUGCCCCUGAACCAUCCUAUUCCGCCCCUGCUCCAUCCUACGAGGAACCUGAGGAAGGGAUGCCCUUUGACUUCGAGUUCGCCGUGAACGACCAGUACAAGGGCCUCGACUUCGCCCACGACUCCGAGUCCGACGGAAAUGUUGUCAAGGGCGAGUACCACGUCCUCCUCCCCGACGGUCGCACUCAGAUCGUCACUUACACCGCCGACGCCUACAACGGAUACCAGGCUGAGGUCACUUACGAGGGCGAAGCCCAGUACCCGGAGCCCCAGCCUUACACGCCUGCCCCUGCUUACUCGGCCCCUGCUCCUGCUUAUUCAGCCCCUGCCCCAGCCCCCCAACCUUCCUACUCAGCCCCAGCCCCCCAACCUUCCUACUCAGCCCCAGCCCCUACCUAUCAGCAGCCCGACUCUCUCUACGGUCCUCCCAGAAAUUAAGAAGCUGGCGGCAAGUCUCAACUUCUAUGUAGAUUAUAAUUUAUGUGAGCAAGAAAAUAUACAAGCUAUCCAGUA